AUGCCACGCGAAAAAUAUGCCAGACAGUCCCUGGGAUCCACGUACCGACUGGUGAAAGAGAGUCGCGUUCUCCUGGUGGGCGCAGGCGGCAUCGGCUGUGAGCUGCUCAAGAACCUCGUGCUCACCGGCUUUGGCGAAGUUCACAUCAUUGACCUCGAUACCAUCGAUCUAAGCAACCUUAACCGGCAAUUCCUUUUCCGUCAGGAACACAUCAAAAAGCCGAAAGCUUUGGUCGCGAAGGAGGUUGCUCAAAAGUUCAAUCCAAAUGUCAAGCUGGUGGCGCAUCAUGCGAAUAUCAAAGAUAAACAGUUCAACCUGGAUUGGUUCUCUAGUUUCAACCUUGUCUUCAAUGCGUUGGACAACAUGGAAGCGAGGCGACACGUCAACAAGAUGUGUCUCGCAGUUGAUGUACCGUUGAUUGAGUCCGGCACAACUGGAUUUAAGGGCCAGGUGCAGGUUAUCAAGAAAGGAAAAACUGCCUGUUACGACUGUACGCCAAAGACGACGCCCAUAUCAUACCCAGUGUGCACGAUACGAAGUACACCCAGUCAACCUAUUCACUGUAUCGUUUGGGCCAAGAGUUACCUUCUACCGGAGUUGUUCGGAGUGGGUGAAGAAGAAACCGCAGAGGUUGACCAAACAGGAGACGGUGACGAUGCUCAAGAGAUCAAGAAGCUGAAGGAGGAAGCCCAGGCGCUCAAGAAAAUCAGGGAGUCCAUGGGUUCUACGGACUUUGCAAAACAGGUCUUUGACAAGGUCUUCAAAGAAGAUAUUGAACGACUCGCCAAGAUGGAAGAUAUGUGGAAGGACAAGAAGCCGCCCGAGCCCUUAUCUUAUGAUCUACUUGAGGAGCAGAGCUCUUCUAUCGACAGCUCAAUAAUACAAGACGGUCAACGGGUGUGGUCAACAGCCGAGAACUUUGUCGUGUUCAAAGACAGCCUCAGACGAUUGUCAGAACGGUUUGCCGAGGAGCAGUCCAAAGCAGCAAAGGCAGGCGAAUCGCCGCCCAUAAUCACGUUCGACAAGGAUGACGAUGAUACUAUGGAUUUUGUUGCCGCAGCCGGGAAUCUACGAGCAAUCAUCUUCGGCAUUGAGACGAAAACGAGAUUCGACAUCAAACAAAUGGCCGGUAAUAUUAUUCCUGCAAUCGCCACUACCAAUGCCAUGGUCGCCGGCUUGUGCGUGAUGCAAGCGUUCAAAGUGUUGAAGGGAGAUUUCGCACGGACGAGGUGGCUGUGGUUAUGGAAUGGCUCCCUAAGGACAGAUCAGCUGGAAACCCCCAACCCAGAAUGCCCUGUUUGCAGUGUUGCUAUGGCCAGAGUGCAUGCAAACCUCGAGAAGGCCACCUUGAAUGACCUGGUGCACGAGAUACUGCGGACGAAAUUGGGGUAUGGUGAGGAAUUGACCGUGCUUAAUGAUGCCGGCGUUGUCUAUGAUCCCGAUCUGGAGGAUAAUCUGGAUAAAAAGCUCGUCGAUUUGGGUAUUGAUGACGCCAGUUUCAUUCUCAUCAAGGACGAAGAAGACGAUAAUCCUCGAAUUGACCUUCGGCUUGCGAUAGAGGCCAAAAAGUUACCGGACGAGUCAAAGUCGGUUGUUCUCGUGGAGAAGGAAGGCGAGACGUUCGACAUCCCGCGAAAGCCUGCAAAAGAAGCUGCUGCCGAUGAAGAUGGCGUCGACGGCGUUGAGGUAAAUGGUGCUGUGAUCACAAAUGGCAAUACGACGGCGCCUUCGACAGGAAAAAGAAAGCGGGAACUUGACGACGACGGCGACGCGGGUGAGGCACCGACCAAGAAAUUGCAGGGGCCUGUCGCCGCAGAUGUGGCCCAAAACUCGGCCUUAAACGCCAUUGUCAUUGACGAAGAUGAUGGGACGCUUUUGAUUGCCGACGAUGAUUAG